GGCUAAGAAUCAUGAUAACAUCCGCCCCCCCUGGUUGGGAACCACUGACCCGGGCCCCUCUGUGAGGCCUGACCGGCCCUGUGUGAGGGUUUAUCCGUCACAACACUCAGCUCAGCUCUCAGUGCUGAGCCGCGCUGGAGGCGCACGGAGAGCAGAGCAGUAAACCGACACCUGUCCGCCACAUUUACCUCCUCCUCUUCCUCCUCUUCCUCCUCCCUCCGGUCUGAGCCUGCAGGAGAUCAACAUUCCUCCAUAUCUCCGGUUAUGAAGAACAAACACAGCCAACAGGUGAAGACAGCGGCUCCGGAGCGACUCGACAUGCCGAGCUUCGAGGUGACUCUCCAACAACUCAACGACCUGCUGACGGACGACAGCGGCUUCUACAGCUGGCCCACCAAACACUUCCAUGAGGUCUACCCACGGAUCUACGUCGGAAACGCGUUUGUGGCGAUGAAUGUGAUGCGUCUCAAGCGUCAAGGCAUCACCCACAUCCUCAACGCCGCUGAAGGGAACUCCUUCAUGCACGUCAACACCAAUGCCGAGUUCUACGCCGACUCAGGCAUCAUCUACCACGGCAUACCAGCCAGCGACACCGACCACUUUGACAUCAGCGUUUACUUUGAAGAGGCGGCAGACUUCAUCGGGAAGGCGCUGGCAUACAAAAAUGGGAAAGGUAAAGUGUACGUUCACUGCAGGGAAGGCUACAGCCGCUCGCCCACCUUGGUCAUAGCCUACCUGAUGCUUCGCCAAAACAUGGACGUCCACACCGCUCUGGCCAUGGUGCGGCAGAAAAGAGAGAUCGGACCCAACGACGGCUUCCUGCGGCAGCUCUGUCGGCUGAACCAGAGGCUCGCUGCUGAGGGGAAGUUCUGGAACAAAUGAAGCGGACAGACUGUCGACGUGAGAGAACAACAGUACGCCUAAUUGCACAUCACUUUCUUUCACUUGUUCUACAGCUUUAAUGAGCCGCAGAUCUGUGAGGGGGUGAUCUGGAAGUGAGGACAGUCAAAGAAAGUCUGUCUCAAACAAAGGCUGACAGCACUGAGUGUAUUGUAUCGUACAAGAUUACACAUCUUACACAACCUUUUAACACACACAUACAUACAGUAUUUUAAUUGUGCUCAAACACUGGUGAUACAUGUGCUGCUCAUACAAUGUAAUGUGUAUGUGCAGGUGCACUGCAUUCACUGUAGUCUGAAUAUUACAUUUAUCUUCAGGUAAGAGUGACAGUAAAUAAUCAGUCAGCAUUGUAGUCAUGUCCUGUACUGUCUGGUGUCGUCCUGCUGCUCACUUCUCCAGAGAACUAUAUAAACAUGUAGAGGAAUUUAAAUGUGGGAGCUGGUGAAAAACUAGAUGGUGUAACUGAUGUGAUCCCGUCACCGCCUUCUGUCAUCGUCUCCAUCUCUCGUCCUGUCUUGGCUUUGUGCCCUCUGUCUUGUCUCACUCCUGCACACACUGCCAAAUCUUUGUCCCAGCCGCUACCAGAGGGGAUGUCAAGUGGACACUGUGAUUUCUCAUAUUGAAUCAGAUAUCAGGGUAUAAUAUUUAAAUAAAUGUGUUUAAUACGCUUGAGAGAACUGCACAGUCUGCGUCUAAAAGCCUCAGAGGUACGUCACAGUGCAAAAUAUGUCCGGUGUCUUGUUGGUGCUUUGUAGGAAUUCUUGACACGAUCUCAUGCUGCAGAAUAAUUAAAUUUUUAUAGUAAAAUAAAGUUGAUCUGAUGUUAGCGGACCAGCAAUAGAACAAAGGAAUGGUUUGGCAUUUUGGUAUAGACCAGGGGUCGGCAACCUUUACGAUUACAAGAGCCAUUUUUGGCCAAAAAUGGAUGUAUGGAGCCGUAAAGCAUAUUUGAUAAUGAAGGGAUCCAAAUUACCCGAUUGCCUCACAGCAAGAGGGUUCGAACUCUAGGGUGGGGGAGCCCCUCUGUGUGGAGUUUGCAUGUUCUCCCCGUGUCAGCGUGGGUUUCCUCCAGGUGCUCCAGCUUCCUCCCAC